GGGCUGCUCUGCCCAGGGGGAGCCCGCGCCCCGCUCAGCCUUGCAGCCCCGCGCCCUGAGCAUCUCCCCGGAGGAACGGAGACAAAGGAGGAUUCAUGUCCAAAGGGCUCCCAGAGACCAGGACGGACGCAGCCAUGUCAGAGCUGGUGCCUGAGCCCAGGCCUAAGCCGGCAGUGCCCAUGAAACCCAUGAGCAUCAACUCCAACCUGCUCGGCUACAUUGGCAUUGACACCAUCAUUGAGCAGAUGCGCAAGAAAACCAUGAAGACUGGUUUCGACUUCAACAUCAUGGUGGUUGGUCAGAGCGGACUGGGCAAGUCAACGCUGGUCAACACACUCUUCAAAUCCCAGGUGAGCCGCAAGGCCUCCAGCUGGAACCGGGAGGAGAAGAUUCCCAAGACCGUGGAGAUCAAAGCUAUUGGGCACGUGAUAGAGGAAGGCGGGGUCAAAAUGAAGCUGACUGUCAUCGACACCCCGGGCUUCGGAGACCAGAUCAACAAUGAAAACUGCUGGGAGCCCAUUGAGAAGUACAUCAAUGAACAGUACGAGAAGUUCCUGAAGGAAGAGGUCAACAUCGCCAGGAAGAAACGGAUCCCCGACACUCGUGUCCACUGCUGCCUCUACUUCAUCUCCCCCACGGGACACUCCUUGCGACCCCUCGAUCUGGAGUUCAUGAAGCACCUCAGCAAAGUUGUGAACAUCAUUCCGGUCAUUGCUAAGGCUGACACCAUGACCCUGGAGGAGAAGUCUGAAUUCAAGCAAAGGGUUCGAAAGGAGCUUGAAGUGAAUGGCAUUGAGUUCUACCCCCAGAAGGAAUUUGAUGAGGAUUUGGAGGACAAGACAGAGAAUGACAAAAUCCGGCAGGAAAGCAUGCCGUUCGCUGUCGUGGGAAGUGACAAGGAGUACCAAGUGAAUGGCAAGCGUGUCCUCGGCAGAAAAACUCCCUGGGGAAUCAUUGAAGUGGAAAACCUCAACCACUGUGAGUUUGCCUUGCUCCGAGACUUUGUCAUCAGGACCCACCUCCAGGACCUCAAGGAAGUGACACACAACAUCCACUACGAGACCUACAGGGCCAAGCGGCUCAAUGACAAUGGAGGCCUCCCUCCGGGAGAAGGCCUCCUGGGCACUGUCCUUCCACCUGUGCCAGCCACCCCCUGCCCCACUGCUGAAUGAAGGCCAUUUCAAGCACUGCUUCUCCCUCCAUUCCUCCCAGCUCUUAUUGCUGCUGGGCUAUGCCCAUUUUUAG